AAUGAUUAUGAUCAUUUUUACUAUUUUUAUGACUAAUAAUUCCAAUUAAAAUAUGAAUCUGUCAUGAACUAUAUGUACAUGCAUUUGGGGAAAGGCAACUAAAAGCCAGUCAAGAACAAGGAAGGAAAAGGGUGUCAUAAAGGAAAUGAAAAAUUAACCAAUAAAGCAGCCAUUCAGGCUUAAGCAACAAAAGUUCAUCAUCAGAAAAUCCACUUGAAUGCUACCCAAAACCCUUGUGAGUAAAGCAUCCCAAUCCCAACUUUUUUUGUUGUUGUUGUAAAAGAUGAAGAGUUCGACCCAAAAAACCAACUAUUUUAAUGUUGACCAAUGAUCCUCAUAGGCUUUCUUUCUUUUGCAUUUUCGUUCCCUUUUCCUGGCCUCAGCUUGGGGGUGUUAAUUGCAAUUCUCGAUGGCCGGUGUGUUGGGCUGAAUCGUAGACAUUGGAGCAUUUUCUUUUGAAUGUACAAUGGCAACUAUUUUUGCGGGUGUCGUUAAGCUUUUGGAUGGCUCGGGUUGAGGACUUGAGGUAGAGCUAUCUUCAAUGAAAUAGGACAACUACACACUAAAUAUCCUCGAGUUAUGCUAAUUUGAUAUGAUUUGCUUUUUGUAGUUGGCUUUUGACCUGAACACCGUUAUCUUAGUGAUAUAGAUAAUUCAAAUGAUCUUUUUUUAUUAAAAAGAAUUAUAAUUAUUUAUUUAUUUGUGCAUAAAAACCGAUGCAAAGCUAGGUAUAUAAUAUUGCAUCUCCAGCUGGAGGGAACAAUUUAUUAGCUCAGUUAUCCAAUCCUAGUUGGGCAGAAUGAAACCAUAGCAUGUGAAAGCUUCUUCUCAAACUUGAUUCCCAUUUCCAUUCCCUUCAUGUUAUGUUUGCUUCUCUUUCUCUUCUCUUCUCUUUCUCCCCAUUAAUCUAUCAGUAGAGUAAAGACUAUUAGAUUCCAAUUCUCCCCAUUAAGUCACCAUUGUUAUGUUAUGCAAGCUAAAAAAGAUGAAUUGCCAGAAGAAGGCAUAAUAUACUCAUGAAAUAUUGGGGAGGAAAAAGAAGGAAAAGCAGAAAGUAAGUGAAAAUUAAAGCAAAAUAUCCAACUUUAAAAGGUAUAUAAGAAAUAAGGAAAGUGGGGAGGUGUUCAUUUUUCUCCCCCAGAAAGGCACAUAUCAUGGCUUUUGUUAAUCAACUUUCUUCUAUCACUAAAAGAAAACCUAGCUUUCCUUUAUCUCUUUAGUGGCUUUGCUCGAGUGUGUUUGUUUCAUAAACUUUUCAAAUUUUAAAGUUUAGUAAAAAAACAAUGAAUUUUAGUAUUUUACAUAUUUUCCCCAAGCGUGAGCCAUUGUGAAGGGUUAUAUGGAAUUGAAUUUGAUGAAACAUUUUUUUCUUAUAGAAAGUUUAGAUAUCGUAAGAUUGUUGUUGGAAAUAUCAGUUUAGAAGAUGACAAAUGUGUUAGUUGGAUGAUAAAUCUGCAUUCCUAAAUGGGUUUUUAAUAUAUUAUGGUGAUAUAUGGUAUUAAUUUAUAAAGGAAAUUAGAGAUUACUAGAAAUUAACAUCUAUGGUAAAAGUACAUAGAAGAAAAGGCAAAUUACAGUGGCAAAUAAAUCAGCAGUUGUAAAGAUACAAAUUGUUAAAAAAAAAAAACAUCCGAUCAAACUCUUGGUUUCAUUCUUGAAACUCGUCUACUUCCUUGGGCUCAAUCUUGCACACGAGGAAGGAAUUUUAUAUUAAGCGACCUGGAAAUUUUGAAGGUUCGAGAGGAGAAAAAUCCAAUUUGUGUCCUUAAAACGAUUAUUUAUUGUCCGAAGCAGAUUUAAAGACCCCGGAAUAAGGGGUUAUUAGGAAAGUUGUAUUAGUAGUAAGAGUAGUAGUAGUAGAACUCUAAAACUUGGAGGAUCCUUAGUUGAGUGCAACAUUUCCAAAAAGGAAAAAGUGUGAGCACAAGGUUCUACUUUGAUUCUAACUCAAAACAACAAGGGUAUAAUAUUAAACCAGCUAGCUAAGGAAUUGUACAUGUUCUCUUCCUUCAUUUUCCUAACCUUUUCCUAUACUCCAAGUGCCCUUUUGACAUUUUGUAACGCACAGAUUAGGCUUUUUUCCCCCCACAGAUUAGAGUUAAGACUUUUUCCCUUACUAGCUAGUAAAGCAAAACAACAAAGCCAAAACCAGAGGAAGAGGAGGGGAGAGAAUGAAUGGCUAUUGCUAAGUAGGAAAAAAAGUAUAAAAUAAUAGUUUUGAAGAUGAUGAUGAUGUGGACAAAAAAAAGCUCACUCAUCAUAUUUUCCACGCCACCUACUCCUUUUUGGUUUUCCCUCAACAUUUCCUAAGCCAUCAAAACCCUAUCAAAGGAAGGAUAAACUCAAAUAUAUCGAUCAACUCUUCAUCAUAAAAAUUAGUUAAAAAACGAGACGCCUCAUCGAUUCGACAUGUAAUACUAUUCUACGAAUGUCGGCGUACAAUUUACUUACAGAUUUACAGUUCAAACUAUGAAAGUAAUAAGAAAGUCGUAUAAGGUUUGAUGUUGAAUCCUUACAAUGCAAAAAAAAAAAAAACCUUAUAAUAUUGUCAUAAAUAUGUUUGUUUCUUUUCUCCACACAACCUUUUUUUUCCCUCUCACUAUAUAUACACACACCUCACUCUUCCUUCCAUUUUCUCCUCCAUGUACAAAACCAUAACCAAACCCAAUCCUAAAAAGAAACAACAAAAGAAAAAGAAAAACAUGCCAACACAGGAAGAGGGGAUCAAGCUGUUCGGAAAGACAAUCACCGUGACGGCGGCGGCGGCAAAAGCAACCAUGAAGGAAGAGAAUAAUCCUCACGCCGGCGAUUCGCCGAGCAAGCCGGAGAAGAUAAUCCCGUGCCCGAGAUGCAAGAGCAUGGAGACCAAAUUCUGCUACUUCAACAACUACAACGUCAACCAGCCCCGCCACUUCUGCAGAGCCUGCCACCGCUACUGGACCGCCGGCGGGGCCCUCCGCAACGUCCCCGUCGGUGCCGGCCGCCGCAGGAACAAGCCCCCCGGUGGCGUUCGGAUCAGUCCUCCCCCCGUCGGGUUCCCCGAUGGUGCGGCCGUGGAGGAGUGGCGGUUGGCUGCGGCGGUGGCGGCAGGUGUUCACGGCGGUGGGUUCCGGGAUGUUUUUCCGAUCAAGCGGCGGCGGUGCGACUCCGGUGGUCAACCGUGUGUUAAUUAGCUAGUUUUUUUUUGGUUUAAUAUCUCACUAAUUAAUUUAAUCCCACUUCUGCCCCUCACUUGGCCUCUUUUGAUGUAUUAUCAGAAUGAAAUGAAUGUAAAAGAUAUGUACAAAUCAGAAUUUUUAUCACACCAAAAACGAAAAGAAUUUUUAGACUCGAAGUCGGAUUAGAUUUGUAUUGACUAAUUUUCUAUCGAGUUGAUUAGUGGGUAGUAAAAGAUCAGAGAGUUUGAACCUUGGAGGACACGGUAUGAUGGUGACUUAAUAUGUAAUUAACGAGAUUUGAUUAGUAGCUAAUUGAAGUAAAAAAUUUAAGCUUUUACGCUACUUUGUAACAUUGGUGUUCUGGAUAAAAAAAUAUUCAUGGUACAAAGUGAAAUGAUAAGUUUAGAAUUAAUGUACAAGUUUAGU